AUGCAUCUAUAUCCAUUCCUUACCGGAGCUUUGGCGUGUUUGAUUACUUCUUCCUAUGCCGCAGCGACAGUCACGGCCUCAGAGCAAUAUGAUGUGGUUGAACAGCUUCAGAGAGUUCCCGAUGGAUGGGUACAAGGCUCGCGGCCUCAGCCCUCAAUGCUGAUGCAAUUCCGGCUAGCAAUUCGACAACCACGGGCCCACGAAUUCGAGCAACUUGUGAUGAAGAUCGCGACACCAGGCAAUGAAUUGUACGGUCAGCACAUGAAGCGUGAUGAUGUCAAGGCGUUCUUGCAGCCUACAGCGGAGAGUUCCGAAGCUGUUCUGUCGUGGUUGCAGUCUGAAGAUGUAUCUGAGAAUUUGAUCGAUGUAGAUGGUGAUUGGGUCAAGUUUAUCGUUCCGGUGAAGCAGGCUGAGAAGAUGCUGAACACCACCUUUUAUAUUUUCCAUGACGAAGAGAACAGCGGGUAUAGAGUUCGCACGCUGGAAUACUCGGUCCCUCACCAUGUCCACAAGCAUGUACAGCUCAUUCAGCCGACGACACACUUUGGAAGAAUGAAGCCCCAGAGAAGCUGGGUGUUCGAUUACGAAGAAAUUGAGGCCCCGAACAGAGAUGUUGUUGACUGCAGCUCCUACGUGACACCGGAUUGUCUACGACAGUUGUAUAGGCUUGACGACUUCACGGCCACUCCAGACCCUCGCAAUAAGUUGGGGAUUUCCGGUUAUCUAGAGCAAUACGCCCGUUAUGAUGACCUAGAAGGCUUCCUGCAACAGUACGCACCGAAUAUGACCGAUGGAAAUUUUACAGUGCAAUCUAUUAAUGGCGGCAUGAACGAGCAGUCCUCAGAUGAUGACAGCACGGAGGCAAGUCUAGAUAUUCAAUACGGCAUCGCUUUGGCAUACAACGUCCCAACUAUUUUCUUUACCACCGGUGGCCGUGGCCCGCUAGUACCUGACCUGAGCCAACCAGAUGCGAAUGAUUCAUCGAACGAGCCCUAUCUGGAACAGCUCCAAUACCUUUUGAAUCUACCUGACGAAGAUCUUCCCUCGGUCUUAUCAACCUCUUACGGUGAAAAUGAGCAGACGCUGCCAGAAUCGUAUACUAAUACGACAUGCAGCCUUUUUGCGCAAUUAGGAGCCCGCGGCGUGUCCAUUAUUUUCAGCAGUGGAGACGAAGGUGUAGGGUCGACAUGUCUCACAAAUGACGGUACAAACCAGACGAGGUUCAACCCUAUUUACCCAGCUUCGUGCCCAUUUGUCACAGCUGUUGGCGGUACUUAUGACAUUAAUCCAGAGAAGGCCAUUAGCUUUUCUUCUGGAGGCUUUUCGGAGCGUUUCUCCCGACCAUCAUACCAAGACCAAGCUGUUAGCUCUUACCUGUCACAUCUGGGUGAUACAUGGAAGGGCUUGUACAAUCCUGAGGGGCGAGGAUUUCCGGAUGUAGCUGCUCAAUCGCAUUCAUUUAUCGUUCAAGAUCAUGGAAAGUUCAUCCAGGUCGAUGGAACUAGCGCUUCUGCACCAACAUUUGCAGCAAUCAUUGCAGACCUGAACUCGGUACGCUUGAGCAACAAUAAAUCCACGCUGGGCUUCCUCAACCCAUGGAUUUACUCGUUGAAUGGAUCCGGCUUCACCGACAUUGUAGACGGCGCAAUGUCAGACCUCAAGACGUUCAUUUCACAGCUCCACAAGGACCUCGAGCUCCGAAAGCUCGACCACGCCGUUGAAGUCCUAUCUCAAGCCAAGCGCGCUCUGUUGCAACAAAAUGCCCUUUUCCCCUCCACAUCGCUCUCGCCACAAGUCCACGCGCAAGCCCGUGAGAUCCUCGAGCUCGGCGCAAUCACAUCCCUCCGCCUGAUGCAACCCCCAGACUUCACCCGAUACUACCAGCAACUACAACCAUUCUACGACCUGGAACGAGAAGUUGAGCGGUCAGAGACAACGGCGUCAUACAAAGAGGUUUUGAAGACGAGCCAGCGCAGCAAGAUUACUGGACUGUAUUUGCUGCUUCUUCUGAGCUCUGGCGAUACUUCGCAGUUUCAUACAGUGCUAGAGGGGCUCAUCGUGGAGGCUUCGUUAAAGGGAUACAGUGUUGAAGAUGAUCCAUUCAUUAAAUAUCCAGUUGAGCUCGAGAGGAGUUUGAUGGAGGGCAGCUACGACAAGGUGUGGAGGGCAACCAAGUCUUCGGAAGUUCCCACGGAAGACUUUGGCUUAUUUUCAGACGUGCUGGUUGGUACGAUUCGGAGGGAAAUCGCCGACUGUUCCGAACAAGCCUACCAAUACCUCCCGAUUUCGAAUGCAAAGAACCUCUUAUUCCUCGACUCUGAAGGCGCCGUCGUCGAGUUUGCGCAGGAGCGUGGGUGGACUCUGAAGGAUGGUAACAUAUACUUCCCAGCUCAAGUUGAUGCCGAAGCCGGCCAGCCUGCAGAAAAGGGCAUCGGCUUUACAAGUGCGACGAUCAUCCAGAAUACAAUCGGAUAUGCAAGGGAGCUGGAAACCAUUGUUUAA